AGCUAUCAAAUAUUUAAUUCAAAAGUCCGAACGAUCAGCCUCUCUAGGUCUAGGAUAGGAGCCCUAGCACAGCAUCCGCGAUGGCGUCUUCAUCGACACAAACUCCACUUCUCUACUCGUGCAUCGCGCACCACACCACUAUCCUCUCCGAGUGCACGACGUCCUCGUCGUCGAAGACUUCGUCGCUCGCCUCCCUGAUCCUACCCAAGAUCGACCACGACUCGCCGCAGAAGCUCACGUACACGCAUGGCCAGCACCACAUCCACUACAUCUCGGAGGCGUCGUCGGCGCAUCCGGGCAACCCGUCCGCCGGUGGGCUCACCUUCCUUGUGAUCGCGGAGUCGUCGCUGGGCCGCCGCGUGCCCUUCGGCUUCCUGUUCGAGAUCCGGAAGCGCUUCUUUGACGAGUUCGAUGCCGGAUCCGCCGACUUCGCGGACAUGCCGAACUACGGCGCCGGCAGCUUCAACGCCGAGCUCAAGAAUUUAAUGGUCGAGUUCGGCACCACGAGCGGCGGCCGCGACGACGCCAUCACGAAUGCCAACCGCGAGAUAGAUGACGUCCGCGGCAUCAUGACGCGCAACAUCGAGGGCCUUCUCGAGAGGGGCGAGCGCAUCGAUCUGCUUGUUGAUAAGACGGACCGCCUAGGCGGCAGCGCGCGCGAGUUCAGGGUUCGGAGUCGUGGUCUCAAACGGCAGAUGUGGUGGAAGAACGUCAAGCUCAUGGCGCUGCUUAUCAUAGUGCUUGUCUUGAUCGUGGUCGCAAUAGUGAUUGCGGUUAAGAACGCUACGGGAUGAGCCGGAAAGACGAAGUAAAAAAGAACAAAUCAAAAUUAAUCAUCUCUUUUCUUUUGACGGAUAGGGUGCACUUGCGCUACGGGAUUACAUAUUUAUUCGCGAGAGAAAGCGACAGGCCUCGUACGUUGAGGCAGAAUUGUAUUUCUACAGGCGUUUUUUUCCUAGGUAGGAUAGGGUAAAUUAGGGGAACUUCAGCU